UAAUAUAAACAACAAACGAAAUAAAUAAAUUGUGAAUCUUGAGAGUGAACAGAAAUUGUGCUCAGACUUUGAGCUUAAACUCGAUCCAACACAACAAACUUAACGAAACAGCAUGACGUAUCCUGUUAGCAGCUAAAACCACCUACAUACCGAUUGUACCGAUUAAUCGAGCCCCAUUUGCAUACAUAGGAAUAACAAAUCGAACAUAAAUCAAAACUGCAACUGCAACAGCAGCAAAUCACCUCGACUAUUAAUCAAUUACGAUAAGCAAAAAUGAAUUAUUACAACAGCAGCACACGGUUCGACAUGGUCGUGGAGAUCGCCAACAUUGCGCUCGAUGAGUUCAAGACCCACCAUAUAACGCGCAACUAUACGGGUCUGGUGCAGCGCUACUAUCAGCUCGUCGAGGAGGAUUACGGCGACCCUCGUGCCAAGCGCUUUCCUCUGAUGGAGCAUCCGCUGUUCACAUUUGGUCUGGUUGCCAUUUAUCUCUCCUGGGUGCUGGUGCUGGGUCCGUUGUUCAUGAGAGAUCGGAAACCUUUUCAGCUGCGCCGCACCCUCGUCAUCUACAACGCCUUCCAGGUCCUGCUCAGCGGUUAUAUGUUCUACGAACACUUAAUGGCGGGCUGGCUCAACUAUUAUAAUCUGAAAUGCCAACCGGUUGACUAUUCCGAUGGUCCCAUGUCUAAACGCAUGCUGAACUUGUGCUACAUUUACUAUCUGUCCAAGCUGACUGAGUUCGCAGACACAACGUUCUUUGUGCUGCGCAAGAAGUCAUCGCAGAUCACGUGGCUGCAUGUCUAUCAUCACUCGGUGACGCCCUUGGAGACCUGGGUGUUGGUCAAGUUUUUGGCAGGCGGCAAUGCGACAUUCCCCAAUCUGUUGAACAACUUCGUGCACGUUUGCAUGUACUUCUAUUACAUGAUGUCGGCCAUGGGUCCCGAGUAUGCCAAGUUCCUGUGGUGGAAGAAAUACAUGACAGAGCUGCAAAUCGCGCAAUUUGUGCUUUGCAUUGUGCACACGGUGCGAGCGCUAUUCAGCAAUCAGUGCCAGUUCUCCAAGUUCAUCUCGGCGCUACUGCUGCUGAAUGCAUCCAUCUUUUUCUGCCUCUUCAUGAACUUUUACAUGCAGAGCUACAAGAAGUCCAAGGCGAAGCAGUUGACUUCGGAAGCAGCAGCGUCGACGGCGGCGGCGGCAUUGAAGGCCGAUAGCAACAAUAACAAUGAAGCCAAAGCAUUGCAACAGGAUCAUCAUCAGGACUCCCCAAUGAAACUGAAGGCGCAUUGAAUGCGAUACUCGGAAAUUCUUCCAAGGAACACAGAGGAGCUGACGUGCAAAGAAUUUGUAAAAAGAAUACGUACGAUUGAAAAUUGGUGUUGGUUAAAAGCAGGCAGCUGAAUGUUUUGUGGAAGUAGUUUGGUACAAAGGUUUUACUUUAGUUAAAAUGGGGAGCCAUACAUGGUUAGCUAGAACUGCAAAAGGCAACAAACAAUGAACAUAAUACACAAAUAGUAGAAGCACAACAUAGGAAACCCAAGCUUUUGCCUAAUAAUGUAUUGAAUACUAUUUUUUUUUUAUUCAAUUUGCUGCCAGGGGGUAUAAAUAUAUAUUUUAUAAUUCUUUCUUUAGCUUUUGACCAUAUUGAAAGUUUGCUUGAUUGCUUGUCAUUUUAAAUAUAAUGUUGCGUAAUUAACCAUGCAAGAACUAGGUCAAUUUUAACGAUCUGCUUAAGUCUAUAUAUUAUAAGUCAUUUAAGUUUAGAACCUCCAAAAAAGAACAAAAAUGCGCGUUAUACAUAUUUAAUUUGCUCAGUUGGCAAAAUUAUAGAUCUUAAGUGUUAAGUGUAAUGUGUAUAGAAGAGUUUUGUAAAUAGAUUUUCGUAUGUGUUAAAUGUUAAAUAUUUGUAGCCACUAAGCAUAGCCUAAGCCAACUAGUCUUAGUUACAAAAUGCGAGCGAACAAACAGAUCAAUAAUAAAAGUUAAGACAAAUACU